AAUUAUGCAUAUUGCAUAUCCAGACUACGGGAGAAGAGAAGGAUUUUCACAGAUGUUAUCUACAAAGUAAAGCUAAUCUAGCUGAAGGAGGCACACUGUGUUGCAAAGGAAAAAUGUGGAGGAGUUCACUUCUUUUCUUCCUUCUCCUGUUGUGUCUUAUUUUGGAUGUAAGUUUUGGGCAGAAUAAGAAAAAGCAGGGCCAACCAUCCAGCAGCCUCCUACUAAAAGAUGAGGGGAAAGACCUUGAUUGUGAUUUUGACAUUGCUUAUAUCCUGGAUAGCUCCGAAAGCUCCAAGUAUGGACUGUUCCAGAAGCAGAAAGAUUUUGUGGCAAAUUUCAGUUUAAAACUUAUGGACAUAACAUUGAAUAACUGGAAGUUAAACAUCAGACUGGCCCUUUUGCAGUUCAGCAGUCAUGUGAAGAAAGAGUUUCACUUUCAAGACUGGGAAAAUGUUGAGAAGUUCAACUCCAAAGUCUAUGCAAUGAAUUACAUUGGCCACGGCACAUAUUCAUUCUAUGCCAUCACUAAUGCUACUCAGCUUUUUCAUGAAGAAGCUAAACCUCACGCAGUCAAGGUGGCAUUGCUAAUGACUGAUGGAGUAGAUCAUCCAAAAAGUCCAGAUGCUUUGAACGCUGCAGCUGAGGCUAAAAAUAACAACAUUAAACUGUUCACCAUUGGCCUAUCGGAUAUCGCAAGGAGGACACCAAUUAAUGCUAAGCUGCGCUCCUUAGCUAGCUCUCCAGCCCAGCAGUAUGUAUACAGUCUGACAGAUCAAGACCUGCAAGACACACUAUUCUUGCAGUUGAAAAAAGUUGCAGAUGAUCAGUGUCCUCAGCAAUGCAUUUGUGAGAAAGGGGAGAAAGGGCCACCAGGAAUCCAAGGUAAAAAAGGAGAACAAGGUCGUCAAGGUCCUGCAGGUCCACAAGGUGCAAAGGGUGAGUCUGGUAUCAAUGGAGGACCUGGUAUGAAAGGAUCACAGGGCCGACCUGGCUUUGAUGGUGAAAAGGGUGAAAGAGGUGAAUGUGGAAGUCCUGGAAUAAAGGGAGACAGAGGACCAGUGGGGUCACAUGGAGUGAGAGGACCUAGAGGGCCACAGGGCUUAACUGGACCAAUAGGUGAUGCAGGACCUGAAGGAACGCCUGGUCCAAAGGGAGAUCAUGGCCCAGAUGGACUGCCAGGACCUCAAGGUGAGAGUGGCAUUGGAUUUCCAGGACCUAAGGGAGAUAAAGGCAUACAAGGAAGACCUGGCCCAGUGGGACCCACUGGCAUUGGAGAGCCAGGUUCACCUGGUCCUUCAGGUCCUAUUGGUUUUCCUGGGAAUUCAGGACCACCAGGUGAAGGGGUUACUGGUCCCAAGGGUGACAGAGGCUAUGAAGGACCACGAGGUGCUCGUGGUUUACCAGGAAUUGGAGCUAAAGGGGAAAAGGGCGGCAUGGGACCACCAGGGAUUAUCGGACCAAUUGGCCCUCCAGGAGCAGGAAUUCAGGGAGAUAAGGGGGAUCAAGGCCCAGUAGGCCCACCAGGACCUAGAGGAAUGCAGGGAAUUGCCAUAACUGGUCCAAAGGGAGACCAGGGCUUUCCAGGGGAGACAGGAAUGACUGGUGAGACAGGCAUUGGCGACCCAGGACCUAAAGGUGAUCAAGGUCCACCUGGGUCCCCAGGAAUUCAUGGAAUUCCUGGGGAAGAUGGAGCAGUGGGUCCGAAGGGGGAAGCAGGUUUACCAGGAAUCCGAGGCCCAGAUGGAGCACCCGGAAAAGGAAUACCUGGAGAAAAGGGUGACAGAGGUGAAAGAGGGAUUAGAGGAUUACCUGGUGCACAAGGAUCAAUGGGACUUACCGGUGCUAAGGGUGAGCCUGGAAGAGCUGGACCACUUGGUGUGCCUGGACCAGCAGGACGAGGAAUUCAAGGAGCAAAGGGUGAUGUGGGUCCACAUGGACCACCGGGACCAGUGGGAGAUACAGGAAUCGGGGCACCAGGACAAAAGGGUGAAAGAGGUUUAUCUGGAGCAACUGGACCACCUGGACCCAAAGGGGAAGGAAUCGCUGGUCAACAGGGACUGCCAGGGCCAUCAGGGCAACCUGGAGAACCUGGACCAGAAGGCAAAGGAUUUCCAGGAGCUAAGGGAGAUCGUGGAUUACCUGGCAGUCCAGGUCCAGCAGGCCCUCCAGGAAUUGGAAUUAUGGGGCCAAAGGGUUCUUUAGGUCAGCUUGGCCCCACAGGACCCAGAGGUUUACCAGGCGAAGGAAUACAGGGACCCAAGGGAGAGCCUGGGUUUCAGGGUUUGCCCGGACCCAGAGGUCUGAAUGGUGCUGGCAUUCCUGGAGAGAAGGGUGUUCGUGGAUAUGCAGGAGAGCAAGGAAAAAAAGGGGACAGAGGGGAAAUUGGAGAAAUAGGUUCACCAGGUCCACCAGGAAAGGAUGGACAGAAGGGAGAACCUGGUUUGACGGUUAAUGAAAUUAUUAAAUUAAUCCGAAAAAUGUGUGGUUGUGGCGUUAAAUGCAUCGAGAGCCCACUUGAACUUGUCUUUGUCAUUGACAGCUCAGAAAGUGUUGGACCUGAGAAUUUCGAUAUUAUGAAAGACUUUGUGAAUGCCCUAAUAGAUCGAGUUUCUGUUAGCCGCGCAGGAACACGAGUAGGUGUGGUUCUGUACAGCCACAUUCACAUAACUGUAGUCAGUCUGCAACAGCACUCGAACCAAGAGGACGUUAAAGCAGCUGUGCGUAAGAUGCCAUAUCUUGGAGAAGGCACCUACACAGGCAGCGCCAUCAAGGCAGCUAAUCAAAUCUUUGAGGUAUCACGGCCAGGAGUAAGAAAAGUUGCAAUUGUUAUAACAGAUGGUCAAGCAGAUGAGCGAGAUGCUGUGAAUCUUGAAAUGGCUGUGCGAGAGGCUCAUGCCAUUAACAUUGAAAUGUUUGUUAUUGGAAUACUAAACAAGAGUGACCCGGAGUUCCUCAGCUUCCAAAGGGAAAUGCAUAUAAUUGCAUCUGAUCCUGAUGAUGAGCAUGUUUAUCUGAUUGAUGACUUUAUGACUCUGCCAGCCCUGGAGAGCAAACUUCUCAGCAGAAUUUGUAGAACAGAAGAUGGUGACCUUUUAAGUCCUUUUCAUGACUCUCUACUUCCUCCGGGAGUUACCACCAGUUCAGACAUUCACUUUGUGACACAAGAUAAUGUAGAUGAAAAUAACAAGGAAGAAGGUGACAGUCAGGUAAUCUACAUAGUAAGUAAAAUCAUUACAAAAUGCUUAAACCAAUAUUUUGAACUUUAAAGUAAGAGAAUCCUUUUUCCAAUAGGUGGUACUUGUUUAUCGGGAAUGAAAAGAUGCCCAUAUGAGCCAUCUCUCCAAAAGGAAUUUACAGUUAGAAAUAGAUGGGCUCUAAACCACAUUUGAUGAGAAAACAAAGAUAUCGAUGUGCUAGAGGUGCAACGGGUUUGUAACACUGAAGGAACAUCCAGAUUUAGAUGUUCUGUGCAAACUCAGAAGUCUUUUUGUAUGUGUGUGUUGUUAAAGGGGGAACACAGUAUUUUGGAAGUGAGGGCUAAUUUGUCACAAGUAGUGCAGUGUUGUCAUUUUGCCUGUUUUGUUGAUGGAAGCUGUAUUUAGGAAUUUUUACAACAUAAUAUUCUUCCUGAGAAGUUUAAGAUGGCUCAAAAUUAGAUUACUGACUAUACCUUCAGAAAACAAAACAAGCACCUUAACUUGACCUCUCCUUUUAUUGUAUUUUAAGUCAUAAUUGAAA